AGUUUGGAUCUCGCUAGUGUGGCUUUGAACGAUUUUCCUCUUUUGCACGAGAAAAUGGGAAAUAAUGGGGGGCUCUCUUUAUAUACCUUCCUCAGCAAAGGCAGAAUCUGUAUUAAGUGACAUUUAUUCAUCAAGGCUUUCUUUAUAUUAGGCACUGCUGGGUGCUGCGACAAAAGGUGGAAUUUUAUUUUAAGUUUUUCCCUUCUAAGUUGUUUGUUCUCAAUUCUUAAUAACUAAGAUCCAAACGAUCUUAUUUACUUUGAUGAUCACCGAUAAAGUUUAUGAAUAGGUAAUAAAAUGCUUAAAUACAAGCCGUUGCAAUGAAUAGAUCAUUCUGAGAGCAAUCGUACACGGACACGCUCGAUUGUAGUACUUUUUGUGCGAUAUUAAAGAUUACUUAAAGCUAACCUGGACUGAUUUCUUGGAUGAAGUCAGUCCUAAACUCUGCCGGUUUGGUGACAUCUAGCGGGAAUGUUUCCAGACAUCCCCGAAUCCCAUUCCACAUCAAGCACAAAGCACGAAAUAAAAAGAACGCUACAUGCAGAAUAAAUAAUAAACAUUGAACGCUUAGAUGAAUUUUUUUACUUUUACGGCUGUAGCUUUGACUUACAUCAAGAGAAUAUGAUCUGCUGACAUUUACACAAGAUGAGCAAUUUUCUUUAGAAGGGGAGUACAUGGGAUUAAUUUCGUGAGCUUUUUCUUCAACAUCAAAUCUGACUUGCGUGCCAAGUUAACACGCUGGUUAACAUUGAGCCGUGAUUUUACGUCAAUUAAAUUUUCUUAUGUCUAUGCUUCUGCUUAUGCUUGUGUCGCAAGUGAGGACCGGGCUUUACCCAUGAAACGAAAAUUUGAGUUUUCCAUACCAUUAAGCAAAAUAAAGAUGGGUAAGAGAAAUAUACGUGAAUUUAUAUUCCUUCCUGAUUCAGUUUCCACGAAUGACCCUUGCAGUAGACUCUCAAGGAGCAUUCCUGUUUCAUGAGUCAAAUGAGUCAAUGAGUCACGAGUAAUGAGUCAAUGGGCCAUGAGUCAAGUUAUAGGUCAGGUCAGCGGUUUUGUUUGGAGCAUUUCCAAGAAGGCGGGUGGUCGGACGGACCGACAACCAAGAGCCAAAAUAACUCUCGAACACUCUUAUUCCAACAUACAGCUCUAACACUAGCUUACAACUCGAAUACAACUUGAAUAGAACUGACACAUUUCACAGAGUUCGCUCGAUCAAACGAGUCGAUGAAUAAUUAUGCUAAAUACAGAAUUCUCACGAAAUGUCUCACAAAAUUGUUAGUCUUCCGGAACGUAAACAAUGUCUUCCGAACAGCGGGAAAGCGUGCAGCUCCAGAAUCGGUGAGUGCAAUCUUGAAACAAAUGGUUGACAGGCCAAACACGACUCCUAUUGGUCAAGAAAGAGCUAGCAAAUGGCGUAAUGUACUUUAGGAUCCUUAUUUGUUUGAAGCUCAACCUGGUUAUUUUGUGUUUCUUUGACCUUACUUUACUUUACUUCAUUGAAUUUGUUGCAUGUACAAUAAAAAAAAGAAAGAAAGAAAAGAAAAUAGCAUCAGCAACUGGAGCAGAAAACAGGACGAUGUCCCAAUUGAUAUUCAACCCCAAUAAAUAUUAACAAAAUAGUAACAAUAAUUAUAAUCAUAGAGGUAGUAGUAAAAGUAGUAAUAAUUAUCAUAUGAUGUUGUUUACAAUCAAGUUAAUUUAAAAUGACUUCAUUAACUUACACCCUCACUACUUGGAAGAUUACAAGGAAGGGUGUUAUCAUCAUAAAAAUCUAAAAGCCUCCUUUUAAAAGUAUGAAAUGAGUCCACGCUUGACGGCAGUUUUUCUGGAUUUCUAGGCACUCGAUGGCUAAUCUGCAGUGUGGAGCUAUUUUCAUGUAAACCAUACGCACUCAGAACAUGUGCGGCACAUGUUCUGAGUGCGUAUAUUUUUGCUUUAUGGACCUUUAUGUUCCUUGACGUUAGUUAAGUGCUGGUAAAAUGGGGUUGACAAGCCUACACGACUCCUACGGUUCGUGACAUCUGUACGUUUGCCGUUCUCUGUUCGGUCUCUCGACCUUUUUGUGCUUCACUGUACUCCCGUUUAUGAAGGGCACUAAAUGCUGUUUUACAAGGAGAAAUUUUGAGUAGCAUUGAGCCGUUAGACUGCUGUAGUACUUGUGCAGAUUUUCUACGUGCUGUUAAGUUAGAUUACUAGUUCGGUGCAGGAGGGAGCACUGUCUGAUAUCAGUCACAGGAGUUAAAAAGUUGUGACAAGCCUGCACGACUCCCGCUGUACGCAAAUGUGUAUUCUUUGCCUUUAGAGUUCGCCAUGUACUUAUUCUUAAGUUUGUUGUACUCCUCCUAAUCUGCAUUGCUAAACAGAUUUCUGUUGUUGAUAUUUGGUUUCACAUUCUUUACAUGCGGAAAACUUUACUGUUUUGCAAACUUGCGUUUACGUUUACAAAUGCCUGGUAUGUUAUGAAGAAAGCAUAUCUUAAAUGCUGGUAAACAUUUGCAUAACGUCCAAUGAAUAAAUAAACAUUUUUAUCAAGGUUGAAGCUGUGUAAUGUCACUUUGUGUUGCUUUCUUGGUUAUCUGACAACGUUCACGAAAUCGGAUAUGAUGGAUCAUUGAUGGCGUCACACCAUGGAGUAGGCCCAGGGGAGUGGCUUUUGGCCCAAAAAAGUGCAAAUAGAGUACAAAAAAUAAAAUAAAUAAACUACAGUAAAUGUGUGGCAUUUUUGGUGUUUUUUACGAUACAUGUCCCGGGGAAGUGGCUUUUGAAAAGCAACCGUUACAAAAAUUAUUUUUGUCUUGACGUUAAGUUCUAUUGCAUUUGCUGCUAUAUUGGAUAUUUACCUUAUGACCCGUGCCAUGUAUUUGGCAAUUUGCUCGAGCGACUGUAGUAAAUCCUUAUCGGCUGCACGUAACAUGUCGUUCAUUGGUGCCGGCUUAGGUUCUAAAGGUUCUACACUAGAUUUAAAGCUGGCAAACCAUACAUUUUCUACCAUAUCAGGUGAUAUUCCGGUCAGUAGGUCUCUUGUACGAGAUCAGUUGUGAUCAAGCGAUGGCAGUCUCCGGUCUUUUCCGACCCAUUUCAGAAAGAAAAUUCCAAGGCCUUUCGCUGUAACUAGCGUCCUUUGAGUAAUUUCAACCUCUGAACUUGUUCGUCUAUUAAAAUGAAUUCGAGACACAAAAAUCGUUGCGUAGCGAACCACCGAAUUCACAGUCAGUACUUACUCCGAUUUUUGCGGCGUCCACCAUUUUGAAUUUUGAAAACCGCCGACCAAACUCAUAACUUGACUCACGGCUCAUUGACUCAUGUUUACGAAUACUGGCGCCUUCUCUCUCGAAUAUUGCGUGCUGUUUGCGUGAUGGAAUGUGACUUGUUAAGUGACAAUCUGUCUGGUCCAAUAUUCUUGAAGUGAAACCAAGCUAACUUUUAGCCUAAGUUGGAAACCAGGUCAUUCCGCCUGCAUCAUGAUCAUCGAAGCCAUUGCCUUGUUAUUCUUUCUUAUGGCUGCGUAUGUCGUGCGCACUCUUUGGGAGAAUAGAAAUCUUCCUCCAGGUCCAUUUCCAUUACCUGUACUUGGAAAUCUGCUAUCAGUUGGACUCAAACAGCCUUAUCGUGAUCUUGCAAACAUGACAAAAAAGUACGGCAAGUUAUUUCGGAUCCAAAUGGGAAGCAGAAAAGUGAUUGUUAUUAACAGCUAUGACAUCGCGAGAGAGGCACUUGUGGCAAAGGCAGAGGAUUUUGCUGGUCGACCUCAUCAUUUCUUCGGGAGUAUCUUUGGACGAAACUCUACUGACCUCGCUUUUCAAACAUUCUCUCAGAGAUGGAUAACACAGCACAAAAUAGCUUUAACAGCUUUGCGCUUAGCUGAAGACAAGGCAAAUGUUGCUUCACAUGUGAACGAGUUGUGUGAUAAAUUUCAUUCUACCAAAGGAAAACCAUUUGGCCCGCAGGAUCUCGUUUUCAAAUCUUUAGGUAAUUGCCUGUCGUCACUUAUUUUCGGGAAAGAAAACAAGCUACAUGACCACGAGGUAGACGCGCUCAUAGAAGUUCUUCAUGUCUUCGCGAAAUCCCUCGGCGCAGCUAAUCUCAUCGACACCUUCCCAAUUUUCAAGAACAUUCCUUUUGAGAUUAUAAAGAAAGCAACUCGAGCGGGAGAAAUUCGGGACGAAAUAUUCGAAAGAAAAUUCAAAGAACAUGCGUCGACAUUUCAGAGUGAUAACAUCCGGGAUCUACUUGAUGCCAUGUUGAAGGGUUUCCGUCAAAAAAAUUGUGGUUUACUUCAAGAGGAACAUUUAAUAUCAAGCGCCUCUGAUGUGUUUAUGCCCGGCACUGAAACUCCGUCCGUUGUGAUCAUCUGGUUGAUAUUUUACGCCAUCAAAUACCCGGAUGUACAGGCCAGGCUCCACAGUCAGCUAGAUGAUGUCAUCGGCAACACAAGCCGACUGCCACAGUUACCUGACAAACCCAACUUACCAUAUUUGGAUGCAUUCAUUGCUGAGGUUCAGAGAAUUGUAAGUGACACUCCAUUAGCAGUUCCUCACUCAACCACGCGGGAAACAUCCCUUGCUGGUUUCCUAAUCCCGCGGGAUACGACUGUCUUCAUUAAUCUCUGGGCCAUUCAUCACGAUUCUGAUCGUUGGGAAGAUCCAUUUUGCUUUCGACCAGAGCGGUUCUUGGAUGAACAAGGUCGACUGCAUUUGGAGGGUAUCAUGCCAUUCUCAUUGGGAAAGCGCUCGUGUCCGGGAGAGUCUUUUGCCAGGAAAACAGUUUUCUUGUACGCUGCUCGAUUGCUGUACAGAUUUCAAUUUGAGAGUCCACCUGGUGCGACACUGCCUGACGAGGAUGACAGUGAUUACAGUAUCGUGCUUUCCUGUAAGCCCUUUAAGAUUUGUGCCACAGACAGACGAAAUAAGAAUUUAUUAAACACGAAAUAGAGGUAUAAGGGGACUGGACGUGCAUGAACUCUGUGUGAAUGAAGCGUUCUAACUGUAGUCAUUUAACGAGACAAAAUUUAACAUGUCAAAUUAGGAGAGAAAGCCCUCAAUAGUUCGUAGAAACAGUCACGAAAAUACUGUAGUAUUUCCACAUUAAAAGUUAAUCGAGCCAAAUUUCAAGCCAUUACGGUGGUAUGAUAGAAAAUCCACAAGGCUUGAAAGUGUCUAUACGUCCAACAGGGUUUUUGUGCUUUUGGUAUCUCAUAACAUGUAAAUCAAAGGCUCCCUGAUCCAGCUCAUGGAUGAAUAGUUGACUUUUGCCUCUGUGGCAAAACAAGUCUUUGUGCAAAACUAUUUGUAUGAAAUGCAUGUCACCUGUACAUUCA